CCUCAUGUCUUAGAAUCCAGUAGGUGGCCCUUUGGCCCUGUAAUGUGUGUAGGACUGGCUUUUCCUUAAUUUGACCCUUCUCCUUUCAGUGGGAGGGAACUACUGAAAGGAACAAUGAGCUUAUAAAUACAUUAGGACCUGGAAUUCAGUUCUCGAGCCAAGCCACAAGGGCGGACAGCGUUUAACAAAGCUUAGAGAAACCUCCAGGAGACUGCUAUCAUGGCGGAGAAGCCCAAGCUCCACUACUUCAAUGCACGGGGCAGAAUGGAGACCAUUCGGUGGCUCCUGGCCGCAGCUGGAGUAGAGUUUGAAGAGAAAUUAAUAAAAUCUCCAGAAGAAUUGGACAAGUUAAGAAAUGAUGGGUAUUUGAUGUUCCAGCAAGUGCCAAUGGUUGAGAUUGAUGGGAUGAAGCUGGUGCAGACCAGAGCCAUUCUCAACUACAUUGCCAGCAAAUACGACCUCUAUGGGAAAGACACAAAGGAGAGAGCCCUGAUUGAUAUGUAUACAGAAGGUAUGGCAGAUUUGUAUGAAAUGAUCCUUCUUCUGCCCUUAUGUAAACCUGAGGAAAAAGAUGCCAAGGUUGCCAUGGCCAAAGAGAAAACAAAAAAUCGCUAUUUGCCUGCCUUUGAAAAAGUCUUAAAGAGCCACGGGCAAGACUACCUUGUUGGCAACAAGCUGAGCCGGGCUGACAUUCAGCUGGUGGAACUUCUCUACUAUGUGGAAGAGGUUGACUCCAGCCUUAUCUCCGGCUUCCCUCUGCUGAAGGCCCUGAAAACCAGAAUCAGCAACCUGCCCACGGUGAAGAAGUUUCUGCAGCCUGGCAGCCCGAGGAAGCCUCCCAUGGAUGCGAAAACUUUAGAAGAAGCAAGGAAGAUUUUCAGGUUUUAAUAAAGCAGCCAUGGAGGCCAAAAACAUGCAAGGCCAAUAUUCUAAAGCUUUGCAACAAUAAAGUGCUUUACCUAACUGUUGAUUGUGCCUGUUGUGAGGCUUAUGAACUCUUUCCACUUACAUGGUAAUUAAAUAAUAGAAAACUCCUA